UCGUGGUUUGUCCUGUGCGACUAUCCGUCCACAUACGAAUCUAACCCGGGAACUGACUCGGAGGACCGCGGUCUGUGCAGUUACUUGUCCAGAGCUUCCCUACUCUUGACGUCCUCCAGACUGGCAAGAUGUGCUCCCUGGGAUUGUUUCCCCCGCCGCCGCCUCGGGGUCAAGUCACCCAAUAUGAGCACAAUAACGAGCUGGUGACAGGCAAUGACUAUGAGAGCCCGCCUUCCGACUUCCGGGGCCAGUGGAUCGAUCUUCCUAUCCUACAACCGAACAAGGAGCUACUAAAGACCCCUGGGAGGCUGGACCAAGGCACAAGAGCUGCCUUCAUCCAUCACCGGGAACAAGUGUGGAAGAGGUGUAUCAACAUUUGGCGUGAUGUGGGCCUUUUUGGGGUGCUGAAUGAAAUUGCAAACUCAGAGGAAGAAGUUUUUGAAUGGGUGAAGACUGCAUCCAGCUGUGCCCUGGCACUCUGUCGAUGGGCCUCCUCCCUCCAUGGGUCCCUGUUCCCUCACCUGUCUCUCAGGAGUGAAGAUUUGAUUGCUGAAUUUGCCCAGGUCACAAAUUGGUCCAACUGCUGCUUGAGGGUCUUUGCAUGGCACCCUCACACCAACAAGUUUGCAGUGGCCCUGCAGGAUGACACCAUUCGUGUGUAUAAUGCCAACAGCACUAUAAUUCCCUCCCUGAAGCAUCGACUACAACGAAAUGUGGCAGCUCUGGCCUGGAAGCCCCUCAGUGCCUCUGUCUUGGCUGUGGCCUGUCAGAGCUGUAUUCUCAUAUGGACUCUGGACCCCACUUCCUUGUCUACCCGGCCUUCUUCUGGAUGUGCCCAGGUAUUGUCUCAUCCUGGACACACACCUGUCACCAGCUUGGCCUGGGCCCCCAGUGGGGGGCGUCUGCUCUCAGCCUCUCCUGUGGAUGCUGCAAUCCUGGUAUGGGAUGUUUCAACAGAGAUCUGUGUUCCACUUCCAUGGUUUCGAGGAGGUGGAGUUACCAACUUGUUGUGGUCCCCAGAUGGCAGCAAAGUCCUGGCUACCACUCCUUCAGCUGUCUUUCGAGUCUGGGAGGCCCAGAUGUGGACUUGUGAGAGAUGGCCCACUCUGUCAGGGCGCUGUCAGACUGGCUGCUGGAGCCCAGAUGGAAAACGACUGCUGUUCACUGUACUGGGGGAACCACUGAUUUACUCCUUGUUAUUCCCAGAACGCUGUGGUGAGGGAAAGGGGUGUGUUGGAGGUGCAAAGUCAGCAACAAUUGUGGCAGAUUUGUCUGAAACAACCAUACAGACACCAGAUGGUGAGGAGAGGCUUGGGGGAGAGGCUCACUCCAUGGUCUGGGACCCCAGCGGGGAGCGUCUGGCUGUGCUUAUGAAAGGAAACCCACGGGUACAGGAUGGGAAACCAGUCAUCCUCCUUUUUCGUACUCGAAAUAGCCCUGUGUUUGAGCUGCUUCCCUGUGGCAUUAUCCAGGGUGAGCCAGGAGCCCAGGCCCAGCUCAUCACUUUCCAUCCUUCCUUCAACAAAGGGGCCCUGCUAAGUGUGUGCUGGUCCACAGGCCGGAUUGCCCAUAUCCCUCUGUACUUUGUCAAUGCCCAGUUUCCACGUUUUAGUCCGGUGCUUGGCCGGACCCAAGAGCCCCCAGUUGGUGGAGGCUCUAUUCAUGAUCUGCCACUAUUUACAGAGACAUCCCCAACCUCUGCCCCUUGGGACCCUCUCCCAGGGCCACCACCUCUUCAGCCCCACUCUCCUCAUCCCCACCUCUAAUUAAAAUAGUUUGUUUUCC